AUGGAUGUUGAACUGCGGGUUCGAGCAAAGGGUUCGUUCCCUAGCGAUGGGGUCACCAACAUGGACUAUACUACAGACGAAAGGGAUCUAUUGAGGCUAGGCAAGAGACCUGUUUUGAAAGCAAGUAUCCCUAUUCUUGUUUCGACGCAGAGUCUAUUAAAUGGCGGGCCCGCGGGUGUUAUAUGGGGUUAUCUCAUAGUAUGGGUUGGCACACUGUCUACCUUCACUGUCUUGUCGGAAUUGGCCUCAAUGGCACCCACUGCUGGUGGGCAAUACCACUGGGUGGCCAUGCUAGCCCCUGACUCUUCUAGGCGCUUCUUAAGCUAUAUCACAGGAUGGAUGACGUUUGCUGGUUGGCAAGCCGUCACAGCAUCAGCGGCGUAUCUGAUAGGAACGCUUUUGCAGGGCGUCAUAGUUAUGGUAAAGUCCGACUAUACACCUGAGCCAUGGCAAGCUAUGCUCUUCCUCUGGGCCGUGUUAGCAUUCUCAGUCUUUAUCAACACCGUCGCUAGUAAGACUCUUGCUCAUUUCGAAGGGAUGGCUGAAGAGAUUAAGGAUGCCUCGAUUGUGGUUCCCCGCGCAAUCGUGAUCAGCAUCGUACUAAAUGGCAUUCUGGGAUUUGCGAUGCUACUUGCAUACCUCUUCUGUUUAGGAAACCUCGAUGCGGUUCUGGAUUCCCAGGCUUAUCUAGGAUACCCAUUCUUAUUCGUAUUCCUGUCCGGGACCAAGUCGAAGGCCGGAGCAGCCGUAAUGGGUCUAGUUAUUGUGGCACUCGGAAUUUGCAGUACAGUCGGCGUUUUAGCAUCAUCGUCUAGAAUGCUGCGGUCGUUCUCGCGAGAUCGUGGUAUACCUUUUUGGAGGCAUUUCAUGAAGCUGGCUUCGCGGACAUCAAUACCCAUCUACACCAUCGCUUUCACAGCCACCGUGUCCCUACUCCUUUCUCUCAUCAUUCUCGGUUCUAGCGUUGCAUUCAAUAACAUCGUAAACCUUAGCGUGGUCGGCCUUUACUCUUCCUAUCUGAUAAGCUGCAGCCUACUACUCUGGCGCCGUCUACAACCUCAAAGUAUUUCGCCCUACGACCCCGAUAUUGUGAGGGUUGGCCCGAACAAUCUACAUUGGGGCCCCUGGCGUAUCCCAGGGGUACUAGGCAUACUUAACAAUGCAUUUGCCUGCAUCUACCUCUUCGUCUUAUGGUUCUGGGCAUUUUGGCCUCCAGCCACGCCGGUGGAUGCCCAAGAAAUGAACUUUAGCGUACUAACGUUUGGGUUUGUGGCUCUCUUCGCGGUUAUCUGGCACUUCGUACAGGGGAAGAAAGAAUAUAAAGGUCCGAUAGUAGAGAUAGACUGUUGA